AUGUCGAUCUCCACAUGCAUGCAUACAUGCAUGCAAAACGAAAUGAUUGAUCCGUCCGGCAACGUUAAUCAGGUGGAGCGGCUGUGCGAGGACGGGAGGGUGGUGUUCGGCGACGGCUCCAGUAUCCUCGCCGACACGAUCAUCUACUGCACAGGGUUCAGUUACUCUUUCCCGUUCCUGGAUACGGAGGGAGCGGUCACCGUCGACGACAACCGCGUGGGCCCGCUGUUCGAGCACGUUUUUCCGCCGUCGCUGGCGCCGUCCCUCUCCUUCAUCGGUAUACCCAUAAAGGUAUUUGCGCCUUGGUUCUUUGAGGCUCAGGCGAAAUGGGUGGCGCAGGUGCUGUCCGGCAAGAGGACGCUGCCGCCGGAGGAGGAGAUGAUGCGGUCCGUGGAGGAGUAUUACGGCGCCAGGGAGAUCGCCGGCGUGCCCAAGAAGUACACCCACGACGUCAGCUUGUUUGACACCACGUACAUCGACGAGUUCGGGGGCAAGUACUGCGACUUCCCUGGCGUGGAGAAAUGGCGUUACGAGCUUCUGGUGUCGUCCUUCGUCACCAUGUUGGACAACCUCGAGACCUUCCUCGAUGAGUACAAAGACAGCGACUCCAUCCGCAAGAGUGUGGAGGAGUGGCGCUUGUCUGCACAACAGGCCCAAGCUGCUACUCGUGCUGCUACGAAAAAACAAUCACUUGGUCUUCUCGAACAAGCACAGUGA